CUCAGGCAACCGUAUUGACGUAAAAGUGAACACAGUUGGAGGUUUUCUCAGAUGUUUUUGAUCGUUCCAAGCCUUCAAUUUUAGAUAGGAAAGUGGACUACAUUCAGUGUUAAGUUCGUCUAAUAUAGGAACUAGUGAAACAAAGAUGAAUAAAAAAGUUGGAACAACUCAGAAAACGCUCUCCGAACUCAACGACGAUUGCCUUCAACAUAUACUGUCAUUUCUACCUCUAACUGAUAAGCUCAUCCUCGGCAGCUAUUUGGGCGAAGAUAGGGUUCUCCAGGUAGUAUCAGAAAAGGAUGUGUUUUAUAUGGAAAAUUGUAUGAGACGUUUAACAGUGGAUGAGACCAUGCAGAUAUUAGAACGUUUUGGAUACCAAAUCAAGAAUAUUUCCCUAGCUCGUCCUAGUUAUUUCACAACUAACGAAAGAAGACCCUACUACGAGGUUAUAGAAGCACAUUGCCGUAGCCUGGAAGCUAUUCGCUUGUGGUAUCCAGCCUGUGAAUCUGAACUUGAAAUAUUUAGGAAAAUAUUAUUUACCAACAACUCUGUGGAAUCGAUUUGUGUAAGGCAAGAAGAUAGACAAAUUCGACACCAACUUUUACCCAUAAUUGGAAAUAUGCAGAGCAUAAAGUAUUUAGAUUUAACAGGUUUCCCCAAUCUGACUGGAGAAGAGAUAAGUCAAAUGACUAGCUUAGUCGAGUUAAACAUCAGUCGCUGUGAAUCGUUUGAUGUGGAAAAUUUCAUCAAACUCAUGAAUGGGAAUAAUCUGAAGUCCCUUGAUAUAUCCUAUUGCCGUUUUUUCAAAAACUUUGCGAUCCAAGCUUUCUGUGAUACACAACAUGAAUUAGAGCAUCUGGUCAUCGACGCGCUAACUUUGUCUGUAAACCAUGAACGGAUUGAACAAUUAAAAAAGCUCAAACAACUUACUUUAUACAACUUUAAACCACUCCGACAUGCAGCAGUUUUCAAAGAUCAUAAAUGGAACCUCCAAAUAGCGGAAAUAUCCUUGCCUUAUAUUAAGUCAUUGAAGAACCUAAAAGUUUUCCAUCUGCUGGAAUGUUUGGCUUUAGACGAUUACCAGCUCCAAGUACUUGCUCUGGGAAUACCCACCUUGGAAGACUUGCGGAUCGAUAUCCGUGUUGGAAGCGAUGUUUGCGAUGUUAGUGGUGAUGGGCUUAUCGAAUUAAUUAGGAUCUUAAAAAGUUUACAGAAAUUCCGCUUUAAGAUUCAUUCAAUAAAAUUCGAUUUCGAUCUACUUCACAAAAUUAUAGACGCUAAAAAACAGGGAAAUCCCCAACCACUCAAGAUAUACUGGGGAGGAGACAUCCACGAGGAUCUCCUUAAGUCGGGACUACAUCUUGAUAACUUGGAUGUAUUGGAGGUCAGGCCAGCAGAAAACUCUUAUCGUCCUCCGCAAUCACUUUGCCCUGUCCAUUGGAAAGUGGACGAAGUGGAGGAAAUACUUUUUUUACAAUAUGCAAAAUUACGUAUCGACAUUGACAGAAUGUUGAGGCUGUAAUUCAAGCGAUUCCUUAAAUUAUCCUCAAGUAAAUAUCUUUUUUAAGGUCAUACAAUAAAUAUUUGUAAAUCUAAAUACAUGAAUAUACACUCGCUAGAAAAAAUGUGCGUACACUAAGCAGUUCCUGGUUAUUCGUUAGUAAAACACACGAAUAAAUUAGUUUUUUAAAAACA